CAGUCAGCUGGUGGCAAGAGAUAAGGGUGGAUGGGCGCGUCCUCUCUCUCUCCCUUUUCUCUUUAUUUUCUUUAAUUUUCACCUUGUCUCCCUCCGUUUUUUAACCUUUAGUGAUCCCUCCUGAAACCGCCUCGAAACCCACGGCCGCUAAGGCGCUAGAAACCACAGAUAACCUAAGAUAGAAAGGACAUAUUGUGUGUGUGUUUGUGUUUGUGUUGGAAACGUUUGUAAACAUUGGGAACGUUUUUGUGGCUGAAGAGGAAUAUAAGAAAGGCGGAUAAAGAGGGAAUAAGGAAGAUACGAAGAAGAGGGCAAGAAAACGGAGAUAGAGAAAAAGAGAAAAACAAACAAACGUGAAUGAAAGUUAAUUAAAGAAAGGGAAAAGAAGAAAAAGUUAAGUAAAAAAGAAAUCAAAGAAAACACGAUUAUAAGACAAAAAAGUCGAAUAAGUAAGAAAGAAAGAAAAGAAGAGUUAGAGAAAGACAAAAGAAAGUUGGAAAAUAAAAAUAAUAUACGUGAAUGAGAGAAAGAAAACCAUAAAUAAGAAAAACGAGAAAAGAAGAAAAGUAAAAAAGAAUGAUAGAGAAAAAGUAAAUACGUAAAAAAGUUACAUAAUAAGAUAAAGAUAAUUGACACCAUGGAUGAAGAAGGAGGAGAAGGGAGGAAGGGAGAAGACGAUGAAGAGGAGAAGAGGAGGAAGAAGAAGGAAGAGGAGAGAGAUGAAGGGGGAGGAGGAGACGGCGAAGAGGAGAAGAGGAGGAAGAAGAAGGAAGAGGAGAGAGCUGAAGGAGGAGGAGGAAGAGGUUCGAGCAAUGACCUUGAAACCUACAUAGACACGUUGGAUAUUGGUGAUGUCAAUGGCAACGCUACGAGAGCCGGCGUGCCCACCCAAGCCCUUAGCGAGGUCCUGAGUGACCCUGGACGCUUCGCCUACUGUGGUCUGGUCACGGGGUCACUGGUCCAACUCUUCUGCGACCCCUCCACGGACCCCUCCACCUCCACCACCUCCACCAGCAUCUCCACUACGUCUGAUCUUUCCUCCUCUGACUUGGACUUCGCCGUGUCGACCCUCAACCGGCUUUCACGACACCUGGGAUUGCCGGAACAGGUCCGCCAAGUGAUGGAGAUGACGGUGAGGGGGCAGGUGGAGGCGAGUCCCCUUCGGAGCUAUGUGGAGAUCUUGAAGGAAGAGCCGCCCCUCGCAAGAUCCAGACUCCCCGUGGUGCAAGAUCUGGUCCUGUUCGCGGUGCAUGGAGGUUGCUACGAUGCCCGGAUACGUGUUCUCAUCAUGCACGUGACAUGUCUCCUACACGUCAGCAUCGACCUCUUGGAGAUGUACGAGGAGUCGGUUCUCGAGUAUCUGAGUGUGGAGGAGAACAUCAUGACAGAGGAGGAGGAGCAGGAGGAGGCGAGGAAGAGGAAGUACAAGAAGAUCAAGCGCUACACAGCCAUCGGUCUCGCUACCCUUGGAGGCGGGGCUGUCCUGGGUCUUACCGGGGGUCUGGCCGCGCCCUUCAUCGGUGCGGGGCUUGGAACCAUCAUUGGGGCAGGGGGCGCCGCGGCCAUCUCCUCCACCGCCGGGGUCGCUGUGGUCGGUUCCAUGUUCGGGGCGGCCGGGGCUGGGCUCACAGGUUUCAAGAUGCAGAAGAGGAUCGGGGAGGUGGAGGAGUUUGCCUUUGACUACCUGACGGAUGGCAACCACCUCCACAUAACCAUUGCAAUCUCCGGCUGGCUGACCAAGGAGGGCACGGAUGACUUCAGCAGACCCUGGCUGACUCUCUUCCACUCUAGGGAACAGUACUGCUUGCGCUAUGAGUCUCAGUACCUUCUUGAGCUGGGCCAGGCCAUGGACUACCUGCUACAGUUUGCCCUCUCCAUGGCCGUGCAGGAGACCCUCAAGUACACCAUCCUCGCAGGCAUCAUUUCCGCUAUCACGUGGCCCGCCUCGCUGCUGACGCUGGCCUCGGUGAUCGACAACCCCUGGGGCGUGUGCUGCCGUCGCUCCGCCCAGGUGGGGAAGCAGCUGGCGGAGGUGCUGGUUCAGGGGCAGCACGGAAGGCGGCCUGUUACGCUCAUCGGCUUCUCCCUCGGCGCGCGUGUCAUCUAUUACUGUCUGCAGGAGCUGUGUCGUAAGAAGGCCAGUGCCGGCAUAGUCCAGGACGCCAUCAUGCUGGGAGCGCCGGUGCCGGGCUAUGCCAAGGACUGGGAGAAGUUCCGUACGGUUGUGUCUGGCCGCAUCAUCAACGGCUAUUGUCAGGGGGACUGGCUGCUGCGCUUCCUCUACCGGUCGUCCUCCGGCAGCCUCAGGAUCGCCGGUCUAAUGGCGGUUGACUGGCAGGACCGGCGGAUGUUCAACUUUGAUCUCUCAGACAUUGUGACAGGGCACAUGGACUACGCAAAGAAGAUGGACGUGAUCCUCCGGCUGCUGGGGAUCAAGACGCGCGACCCCCAGAACAACGAUGACCCCAGAGUAAAGAAAAGCGCGUCGGACUACCCAGGGUUCUCAUGUUACGACGGCAAGGUGGAUGUGUGCGGGCUGCGUCCUUCCUCCUCGGACAGCACGUUGCUCUGUGGUCAUAACGCACCCCUGGGCAGGUCACGGUCCUCCGACGACCUCCUGAUAUCCCGGUCCACCACCCUACAGGACCCCUCGGAGAGUCCUGUACCUGAGGAGACCAACAAACCAAGGUCUCUCUCAUCCUACGACUUUGCCACUAGGAGAUGUGUCCCUCAGUUGAAGACCCAGAUGUCGUUCUCGAAGGACUCUCGCUCAAAGUCCUUAGCCUCGAGCACGUUGCAGAUUGACGAGGCUGGGAUGUCGAGGAGUCUUGGGGAAGCGGACUUCAAGGAGCAGGUCACAGCUUCCAAGGGCUAUUUCGAUUUCUUGACGAGGAAGUCACAACCGAAUUCCAGUCAACCAGGGAAGGAACAGCAGUCAACCACGCUCGCUCAGGAGAAAUUCAAACGUCGAACGGUGUCGUCAGGUAACCUCUUCCCCAGCAAGGUCAACAGCACAGGUCGUCGGGAGCUCAGUCGCACAGGCUCUCAGGACCAGUCAAGCCGCCAAUCCUUCUUCCAUAUAUUCUCCAAGAAGCAAGAACGGAUUGACGAGGCUUAGGAUAGCAGGAGGAGGAGGAGGAGGAAUUGUAAGCUUUUUCUCUCAUGUCGUUUUUCUUUCCCUUCCUUCCUUCCUUCCUUCCUUCCUUUCCUUCCUUCCUUCCUUCCUUUCUUUCUUUCUUUCCUUUCCCUACAUCUGUCCUUUCUCCUUCCCUUCCUUCCUUCCAUCCUCCCUUCCUUCCUUUCUUUCUUCCUUCCUUCCUUUCUUUCUUCCUCCAUUCUUUUCUCUCCUCUCCUUUAAUUCCAUCCUCAGUUCCUCCUUCCUUCCUUCCUUCCUUCCUUCCUUCCUUCCUUAACUAACAAAAUAACAAUAUCUACUUCAGCGUUCACAGAGGUGCUGAUUCACAAAGCCAUAUUUUUAUACCAUGGCUAAUAACAUAUAUACUACUACUACUACUACUGCUACUACUACUACUACUACUACUACUACUGCUACAGCUACUACUGGUUAUUCUGUUUAUAUGCUUCAAUCUCCGCUGUCUAAACCAUUUGGGAAUUGCAAUGUAGUCUUGUAUAUCAAAGGAUUGAUAAGGAAACACAGCUGAACGGAGAGAGAAAAUAUAUGGGGAUGGACAUAGGAGACAGAGAGAGAGAGAGAGAGAGAGAGAGAGAGAGAGAGAGAGAGAGAGAGAGAGAGAGAGAGAGAGAGAGAGAGAGAGAGAGAGAGAGAGAA